AUGGGCUUAUAUAAUAUUAAAAGCCGAAUGGAUGAAAACCAUAAGGAACAUCAUUUUAAAUAUAAAAGUCCUUAUAAAUUUGAUAGUAACAAAAAAAAGACAAUUAAUAUAUCUGGAGAAUUAAAAAUGCAAACGAUAAAUCGAAUAAAAAAAAAAAUUCCUUCCUAUAAUAAAGAAUAUGUUGUAGAAAAUAAAAAAUAUAUAUCUAAUAGUGCUGCUCCUGAUAUAUUUGAUAUAUCAACAUAUUACGCUAAUGAAAAAAGAAAAGAAAAACAAAAAGGUUUAAGUAUUUUAAAUAAAAAUAAACAUAACAAUAAUAAUAAUAAGAAGAAUAUAUGUAGUAUAAAAAAAGAACGUAUGUUAGACAAUAAACUUUGCAAAUAUGCACAUAUAAAAAAUAAGAAUAAACUAAAAUAUUAUAAAUACACAACCAAUGAAAUAUUAUUUAAAAUAAAAUCCUUUAAUGAAAAAAAAACAAAUCAUUACAAACAUAAUUUGGAUAAAAAUCAUUCAAAUAAUAAUAAAACAGUUAAAAAUAAAUUGAACAAUCAAACUUACUAUUGUGAAAAAAAAAAUAUCAUAUCAGCACCUGUUAUUUCAAAUAAUAAUAUAAAAUUUGAAACCUUUAAUCAUAAAUCUCCAAUUAAAAAGGACAUUUUAUAUAAUAAAGAAAAAAUAUUAAAGGAAAAAGAAAAUGUAUAUACUUGUUUUAUACCUAUAAAUAAAAAAUAUCCAAAACAAGAUGAAAAAAUAUACAACAUGGAUCUUAUUAAAAAUUUAAAAUAUUUAGAUAAAAAAAUGAAAAAUUAUAUUAAUGAGCAAAUAAAAUAUUAUGGUCAGAACUGGAGACAAGAAUAUAUUAUUGAUUUAUAUUUUUUUAUUAAAAAGAAUUAUCACAAAAAGGAUAAUUCAUCAGAUAUAUUCGAAAGAAAUAAGCCCAUUUCAUAUUAUCCCUACAAAUAUAAGAGUUCACAAAAUAACGAAAAACAAAAAUAUAAAAUGUUAAAUAAAAUUCUAUCAUCCAACUCAUGUAAUGAAAACAAGGAUUAUUUAUUAACUGAAUAUUCUCUUCAAUUUCUAAAUCUUGUGGAUACAUAUAAUAUUAUAGAUGAUAAUUGCGACAAUAUAAUUACUGAGAAUAAUAUAGACCAAUUAUUAAAUAAAAAAAAAAAAUUAAUAAAAAAAUUAAAUGAAUUCAAAUUAGAUGAGAGAAAAUAUUUUUUCCCAUUUUAUCAAGUUUAUACUUAUUUAAAAAAUCAACAACAUAUAUUUGAAAAUAUAUUAAAACAAAAAAAAAUUAAAUAUAAAAUAAAUGAUAAGAAAAUAACAAGCAUACAAAAUAAUGAUUAUUUUGAUUGGAAUGAAUUAAUUCAAAUUGAAUUAAAAAUUAUAAGAUUUCUUAACAAUUUUCAAAAAAUCAUUAAAAAAAAGAUAAAGAGAUGGACCAAAAUAAUAUACUUCCUAAUAUCAAAUAUGAUGAGGCUAUACUUUCUAAUGUGUAUAAACUCAUCAAAAUGGUAA